UUUGUGAGAUUUUACUAGGAUGAAAAUGUGGCUUUAGAAUCUCAAUCGGGUGAAGUGAACCUACGAAGCGACAUUCGCACUCUAGAGAAUAGUCGCCAUGGAGCAAGACGAACGAUCUUCCCCGGUCGCGGGAACUCCAGGGUCAAGAGCCAAGGCUCGUUCAGACCAUCUCAUGAAACGCGUCUCAAGAGCUUGCUUGCAUUGCAGACAGCGUAAAUCGAAAUGUGAUCUAGACAGCAGUGGUAGUCCUGGAGUGCCACCAUGCCAGCGCUGCAUCCGAGAUAAUCGUGAAUGUGUCCUAGGUAGCUCUAACCGCGGAGGACGGCGCAUUCGCAAAAACAAAAUGCAGAAUUUCACCCCAGACAGCAUAACACCAGGCCGAAGGGACUCCAUCAUAGAACCGGCAAGUCCCUCAAAUUCGGAGAACCGUCAGGCAACGGCUUCGGGCUCCUACCCCGGCCCUGUUCAAUUUGUCCCCCCUGAUCCCCCCACCGCACCUUCGUUGUCCGUGGAUGAUGAAGACACGGCUUCCAUAGGCUCCGUGCCCCGGAACCCCUCUGACGCAUGGCAGUGUCUGACUGGCAUCGCGAAAAGAGGAACGGAUGGUCCCAGCCCGGAAUUUGGAGCCGAAUCUCUUCGUGUAAGCUCGAAUGGCUUUACUGGACUCAGCGCGCUGGGAAAUGGCUCCAUGGGUGACUUUCCGUCCAACAGUGGCGUUAAAGCAUAUCGCCUAGUACAAACUCGGUCUCUGGAUACGGGAACCGUUUGGCAACUAGUGGUUCGAUAUGCUGAGCGCUUUCACCCGUACCUCCCAUUGGUGCCACGGAAGUACUUUGAGCGUAGCGCACUUGAUACGUUCGCCAACAAUGAGAAGCAUCUUCUCACUGCCGUUUUAACCAUUGCCUCUAAAGACCUUGUGGAGCGACCAGAGAUCCACGAAUACUGUUCCAAAUACAUGCACGAAUUGAUAUCCGGAAUUGCCGCCGGCGCCGACUGCGACGUGGAGGCUGUAGAGGCUCUACUUCUCCUAGCGGAAUGGGAGCCCCAAGGCCUUCGACCUCGAAUAGAGAAGGUUGGUCGCGGAGAGGAGGAUCGCGCUGCCUGGAUGCAUGUUGGCCUCGCUCUGCGCUCUGGGUAUUUUCUUGGACUGGACAGAUCGUCAUUUCGAGGCGAUUCGUCCGGAGACACAGAGACGGAGGCUCGGAAACGACUAGCAUGGACCAGUUGCUAUGUGUCCGAUCGAUUGAUAUCUGUGCGCAUCGGGCGAGCUUUCUGGUCCCGAGGCCCGGGACCAAUGACUGGUCUCGUUAGCCAGGACUUCCCAUCGCUUCAACCAGUGAAUGAUGGCGAUGAGGACUAUGCGAGGAUCUUCCAGGCCACGCUAGAUCUUACUCAAUUGUAUAACAAUGUACACGAUGUGCUAUAUUCUGGGAUGCGAACGAGCAAUCAAAUGAUGCUUAUGGGUGACUAUGUGAAGUACGUUGACGACUUCCGACUGGCAAUCCUGCGAUGGAAAUCUCUAUGGGGCUCUUUACCAUGCUCUACGCCAAUGAAGGUCACCUUACAACUUUCUUACGAAUAUCUAAGACUCUACACCAACGCUUUUGCCUUCCAAGCAGCUAUUUCCCAGUCCUUGGUCUCCAAAACAAAAACCGACGACCAGUCUCAAAGAGAGUACUUGCGGACAACUUUCAACAAUGUGGCUUCGAUGCAAGAUGCUCGAUUUAUUUACGAGUCGAUCGAUGCUGCCAAAGCUUACCUGACCAUACUUGUCGAUGUGGUUGACCCCGAGAAACAUCUCCAUUUUAUGCCGCUCCGGUUCUAUUUAUAUGGGAUUUAUUCUGCAGUAUUCUUGUACAAGGCCCGCUCCUUCGGUGUUAUGAUGUUCUCCGAGGAGAUGAAGGUGCGAGAUCUUGUCACUCGGACUACACAAGUGUUGAGGCGAGCCAGCGCCGGCCCCGAUGAUAUUGGGUCACGGUAUUCACGGCUUCUGGAGCUCUUGUGGCAACAAAAACCGAUGCCAGCCACUUCGCCAGCAGGGACGCACCAAGGAAGCGAGGUCAUUAUGCCAAACGAUAGCAGCGCACUCUCACACCAUACAUCCGAUCCCCAUGUGCACUUUAGCCCUGCAAACGACUUCUCGUGGCUGGAUCUCGAAGCUGUUGGUGAUUACGUCUCUGGCGAUCAGAUGUCAGGAACGAACACGCUUGCACUGGACACAUUCCAGAAUCCAGAUCUAUUCAUUCAUGGUCAGGAUCGGUCUCAGACCUGGCAGGUACCAACAUGGUCGGGAGACAUGAGCAGCAACCUUCUCUUCUAAAGGCUGAGGUUGGCUGGGUGGCAGUGUAAUAACCAGGCACAAGGAUGCGACUCGAAUACGGUAUUAUUGGCACAAUCAUA